AUGGAAGACCUCAUCCAACGAUUCGCCCAGGUCCGGGACGUAUGGCUCUGCAAGGCCACAUACUCACCUAUGGGUUAUAUACUUAGCUUGCUCUUAUUCGGGAAGAAGAUUGCAAGGGAGACAGGGAGCAGGCUUAUGGUAUCCUGGAGUAAGCAAGGUGAGAUGAUGUACUUUAUGGGCAGGCCUAUCCUGAUGGAUAAACUCCGGACCAUGGUAGCCAUGAUGACGGUCGAUGCCGAGGAUCUCCUCUGGGGUCAGCUGAUGUUUAAGGAGGGUGAUGAUAAGCGCUUUGUGAUCCCCCUGGCCGGUAUCGAGGACGAUCUCACGCAGACAAGGCGGGGGCAAUCCUUCAUCCAUCGUAACGGUCUCGCCGGUAAGGAGGUCGAGAUGCUGAAGGACCUUAUUGCGAGCUCCCGGAAGACCGACCUCCUUGAUCAGACGGGUGAGUGGAAGUGGGCGGGUAUCAGGAAGUACCUCAAGCUGGUUAAGAAGUUCGAGGAGUUCAUGCUACUCCUCGCCCACAUCACGGGAGGUCAGCCUAGCCGAGGGGAGGAGAUCACAGGGCUACGCCUCAUCAACGGCAUCAAUAGGGACCGCAACAUCUUCAUCAUCGACGGCGAGGUCGUCCUCGUUACACAGUACCACAAGUCCCUCGCCCACUUCGACUCGCCCAAGGUCAUCCCUCGCUUCUUGCCCGGGCGGAUCGGGCAGCUGUUUGUGAUGUAUAUGAUCUAUAUCCGGCCGCUGACAGAUCGCUGGGAGGCCGAUAAGUGGGAGCUAUAUGGGGAGAAGAUGGCGCCGCCGAGCGACUUUAUCUGGCAUAACGAGGCGGCAGGAGGAGUACCCUGGGAGAGCAGCCAGAUGUCCGCGGCCAUGGGGAGGUGGACGUCUUACUAUAUUGGCCGCCGGAUUAUGCUCCAUGAUUGGCGCCAUAUUGCCAUUGCCAUCAGCAAGAAGCAUGCCCGUGACCGAGGGGCCGGCCGGGCUGACUUCGAGGACGGCGAAGAUGAUGAUCAUGAUGAGUCGGAGCAGUAUGCAACGGCCGCCAACUAUGGCGUAACGAUUGAUAUACUUAAACGCUUAACGGCUGAGUCCCUAGAGAUCUUUGGGCAGGUAAGCUAUCGCUGGCAUAAAUUCCUCGGCUGUGAUACCAGCUCAUCAUCACCGCUAUCAUUGCCAUCGGGUAAGAAGGUCGAGCCUACCCCCACACAAGAUAGAGAGGCGAAGGAUGGUCAUUCCCCUAGAAAGCGGGCCAAGGUUACAUCUCUCGAGGCAUUACGGGCGGGCACGGUAGGGGUAAACGAGAAAGAGAAGCGAAAGAAGGAGGAGGAGGAGGAGGAAGAAGAAGAAGAAGAAGAGGAGGAGGAAGAUAUGAUUAUAUGGGCGCUACGGGCAGUACUAUGUAACGAUACUGCCCGAUUUCGGUCACCUCAGCAAGAAGAGGCCGUGAGGCUAGCCACGGCUAAACAGAGCCCGCUCGUGGCAGUACUGCCAACAGGUGGCGGCAAGAGCUUGGUCUUUAUGGUCCCGGCCAUGCUAGCAAGUGCGGGUGUCACCAUCGUGGCAGCUCCCUAUGCCGAGCUUAAGAGGCAGCUCGUCCAGCGCUGUGUCGACGCCGGCCUGGAUUGUAAGCCCUGGCCUGAGGCACGGUCAUCUUGGCCCAGGGUCACGCUUGUGUCGGCCGAGGCGGCCAUCACCGAUGACUUCCUGCAGUGGGCGGCCGACUUGAGCGUCAAUGGAAGGCUAGACCGCGUGGUCAUCGACGAGUGCCACCUAACCUUCACGGCUGCCGAAACCUACCGCUCGAAGCUCCGGGGCCUCGUCCUCUUACGGAGCCUGGGUUGUCCCUUUGUCUUCCUUACCGGGACCCUGCCGCCUCUCCGGCAGCGUGACUUUGAGGAGGCCAUGCAGCUACAGAACCCGUUCUACAUACGGGCCUCGAGUCACCGGCUGAACGUACGAUAUGCCGUCCUUCGCGUCCGUAACGGGCGGGGCGUGAUGGAAGUGAAGAGACGGGUAGAGGCACGAUUACCAGACCUAUCCACAGGGGAGAAGGGCAUCAUAUACUGCACCAGCCAGGCGAAAUGCAAGGCCCUCGCCCGGCAGCUCGACUGCCACUACUACCACGCCUUGCGCGACGACAGCGACUCGCAGUUCAUCGCCCAGCGUGAGGAGGGUUUCCAGGCCUGGGUCCGAGGUGAGGCGCCUUACAUAGUGGCAACGGCGGCUCUAGGAACGGGCAUCGACGUCGCCGGCAUCAUCCACGUCAUCCACCUCGAGGCCCCCUUCAGCAUCAUCGACUACGCCCAGGAGGCCGGGCGGGCCGGGCGAACCGGAGAGCCUGUAACAGCUGAGGUCAUUAUCGAGGAUAAGGACUGGCCGGACGAGGACGCCGCGGGCGAGGCCUGUCUAGAUAUAAGCGUGCGGGAGGUACGCAGGCUGAUCCGGACCCGAGGGUGCCGGCGUCGACUGCUCGGCCAAUGCCUAGACGGCGACCUUCGGGACUGUAAGGACCUCGGCGGCGGCGAUGGUAACGAGGCUAAGGUCACAAGAUGCGACAACUGCCACCAUGCCGAGCUGGCGUGGAAGAGCGAGUUAUCGGCACAAGGGAUUAUUGCCUCACAUGACCGAGGCAGGCAGGAUGCCCACGCCCUCGAAGCUCUCGAAUCUGCCUUGGAAGAGGUCGAGGGGCUCGGCAAGAUGGGCUGUCGUAUCUGCUGGAUGUUUAGUGGUGUCGAGGAGGCCAGGCAUACAUGGGGCGAGUGUCACUUGACGGCCGGGACAAAAGACCUAUCCUUUACCAGCUGUAUGGAAUUCCAGGGUCUGAUCAACUAUAAGAAGGACCGGCAGGCAAUAUUCCUAAGCUGCUUCUACUGCCAUGUAUCGCAGGAGCUCUGCCGAGACGGCUACAAGACAAAGGGGGCCUCGUGCUGGCGGUGGAAACAUAUAGUAAUCCCUGUGGCAUUGGCCGCGACUACUGAGGCAGACCUAUUACUGCGGAUACAAGAGGCGGCCGGACGAGAGUUUAAGAGCCGGCAAGACUAUGGGGACUGGCUAGGUCGAAAGCAUAAUAAGCUAGUCAUAGUCUGCCGCCUCUGCGGAACAUGCCUGGUUCCGAAACAAACAAGCUGGAGGAGCCACCUGCGGGCCGAGCCGCACCAGAUGAAAGGCGAGACGCUGCGAUCGACCGUUGAGCAGCUAUUGAGCUAUGAGCUGCGCCCUGUGGAAGAGCUGCGACAGUGGAGGCCUGACCGGAAAAGGCCAUGCCAGCCGGUAAAGGGUCUUGCCGUCUACGGAGGAUACAUCUGUGCCGUUGAUAAAUGUGACUACUGCACGCGGCGCAUCGAGACAAUGCACGACCACACGCGAGUCCAUGGCAAGAAGGCAUCGCAGCAUACCAUCAAUGCGCCUCUCUGGAGAGCAUGCAAGCUCCAGACGUAUUUUACGGCGAAGGGGCGGAUCGACUACUUCGUCGUAGCAGAGGAAGAGCGGCCAUCGCCAUCAUCAUUACCAGCGACCGGGAGAGAAGAGCCAGCGCCAUCGAAAGAGGAGGGAAAACUGUUUGACGAUCUGAAGGCGGAUGUCAUCCAGGCCUCACACGAUCUAGACAGCAGAGCCGAGAUCGUGCAAGGCAUCGAGGAGUCACGAGCUGAUCGGGUGCCCUGGCUUAUUCUAUCAUCAUAUGCGUUGCCGCGAAGUAUGGACAUAGGCGGGCGGGAUGAUAGAGACGACGAUAACGACGACAGCGAUUUUGGUGACGACGAUCAUGUCAACACAGAUCUUAGUCGCAUAUUAUCCGCAGCAGAUGGUACACUAAUGGAUGCGUAUAUGUCGUGCAGCGAAGCAUCACCCGAUGGGAAGAUGACACGGCAGCGGGCACUACGAUUGAGCAACUUCCGCGGCGGCGAAGAUAACAUGAGCAGUGCCAAAGCCAGCAAAUUCCGCGAAUUCAAGAAUGGGAAGUCACUCAAGUCCUAUUUCCGAAUAGCAAAGCAGCUCCUUGUAUAUUACUAUCGGGUAGUGUACCGCGAUGGUGGGCACUUUACCAGAGAACAUAAUAACCAGGUAUUACCAGGAGACAUCAUUGAAGUGACCAGCUGGCAGGAAAAGAUGAUGCAGGGCAUUAUCGACGCUCUACGGCGGCAGGACAAAACUUCGAGGGUUGAAUUAGGCGGUGACGGCGAUGAGGAGCGUGAUAUCGAUCUCAAACACGCCAUUCGUACCUUCUACAUCUCCCUUAUCUGCCAUACUGUCGGAAGCAGGCCGUUCCGAUCCGUCGUACUGAGCUUCUGCGCUAUGCUCAGCCGGAAGAAGAACCCGACGCGCCAGCGGGAUAAACAGCAGCAUAGACUAUGCACUUGGCACAAGCCUGGCAACUUUAAUAGUAACCUAUCGUCGCUCAUCUGGGUCGCUCAAGUCAUCAUAUUUGACUUUGUAUGCUUUAAGAAGCAGGACGAUGAGGAUGGAAUCCCCGAUAUGGUCGAUGAGAUAUGCGGGAAGUACUUUCAGCAGAUGGCGGAAACGCCGUUCGGCCACAUACUGCAAUGGCGGCUCUAUCUGUUCGCUGCUUCCAGCACCAAUCUCACCGAGCACCAAGCCCGCUGGUCUCUCGAUAAAGAGACCAUCGACUACAGGGGGGUCGAGUUACACAUGGAUCACGUACCGCAGCUGGUCGUAUCGGAGUUCCGCCAAGCACAUACGCUUCUACAUGAUGAACUGCUAUUCGGAAUGGACAACAUUGCUCCGAUCGAGGCGUGGAGGCUACACGACGACCUUGAUGAGGACGAAUUCGGUGCUUCGUGGAUGUCAGAUGAGAGAAACAGAGAGAUAUUAGUGGGAACUCACGAUGCCCUACUUAGACAUAUAGAAGGGAAGGCGGCUUUACGCAGGGUGUUUGUUCGGCCGGAUCGGAACCAUCAUGACGGUGGGGAGACUCGUCUCUGCCCCAAGGCUAUGGCAAUAUACGAAGCGCACGUCCAGGAGUUCCUACAGAGGAUGCUGACACUUAUACAAGUUCCGGCCGGUCCUCCAUUGCGAUCUCCAGAGUUACUCUCCAUCACAUAUGCCAACACAGGGACUCGUCGCCGAUCUGUGUUACUAUGGGAGAAGAUGGUUUUGAUACACGUACGGUACCACAAGAGCCAGGAACAGACCGGCACGCAGAGGGAUAACAUCAGAUUCCUACCACCAGCUAUCGGAAACCUUCUAUUAACAUAUCUGGCGUAUGUGCCACGCCUAUCCUAG